AUGGCCUCAACCGCCCGCCAACGCCUCAAAGCCCUCAGCCAACAACUCGUCGAAGGAAUCCCCGACGCCGGCACCUUCGAAGACAUCCCCAAGAUCCGGCAGGUAGCGGGGGACUCAGUUGGGCCGCGAGUCAAAGACAAAGUGGCCAUCAUAACAGGCACAAACUCCCCCCUAGGCAUCGGGCGCGCAACAGCGCACCAAUACGCGCGCAACGGCGCAAAAGCCCUCUACAUCUGCGACUUCGCAUCAACACACCUGAACACACACGCACGGGAACUAAAGACCCUAUACCCAAAAGUCGAGGUACACGUGCGCACCUUCGACGCCGCGAACGAAAGCGCGCUGAAAGCCGUGAUCGACGAAGCGCUCUCCACGUACGGACGGCUGGACAUCUUCUUCGCGAACGCCGGGAUAAGCGGGUCCAACGCGCCCUUUACCGAAGUCUCCGGUGAAGAGUUCGCCGAGACACUCCGGAUAAAUACAGUGGGUGUGUUUCUGGCCGCGAAGCACGCUAGUCUUGCGAUGCGGAAGACGGGCGAGGAGAAGAAGUACCCAAGCGGGAGUAUAAUAGCGACAGCGAGUGUGGCGGGCUUGCGAUCGAACGCGGGGUCGACGGAUUACAGCGCCAGCAAGGCGGCUGUUGUGUCGAUUGCGCAGACGGUGGCGUUUCAGCUCGCGGGGACGGGGAUCCGGAUUAAUGCGAUUUGCCCUGGGGUGGUGGAGACGGGGAUGACGGCGCCGAUGUAUGAGGCUGCGAGGGCGAGGGGGACGGAGAGGAAGAUUGGGCAGUUGAAUCCAUUGCAGCGCGGGGCGGUGGCGGAUGAGAUUGCGAGGGUUGCGUUGUUCCUAGGGAGUGAUGAGAGUAGUUAUGUCAAUGGGCAGGCCUGGGCAGUUUGCGGUGGACUUAGUGCUGGGCACCCUGUGGUUCCUGGGAAGCUGGCUUGA